AUACUGUCAGAUCUACAGCACUGCGCAGGCGCCGAAGAUGCACUGCUGUCACCUGCUGCUGGGCUGCAGACACGACCUACAGUAGUGGCCCAGUUACCCUGCAAAACUGCUCUCUGUCCACGGAUAGGACAGCGACUGGUGUACACAGCAGACGUGUGCAGUGCUGAUGUGAUGCUGGAGGACCAGGCUGCGGUACACUGAGCCCUCCAUGGCUGUUACCACCAUGGACUCUGAGUCAGCCCGGACACCUCAGCCUCAGGCUGCCCUGACAAAAGGACACCAUUCACUGUUUUCUGCUGGGGCUCUGAGUGCCAAGUUGGGUCCUCAAGGAAAGCACUAUGUCUGUGGUUCCAUUGCAGCCUUCACCAAUAUUGUGGUGACCUUCCCCAUCCAGAAGGUGUUAUUCCGCCAGCAGCUGCAUGGUGUUUUGGCUACUGAGGCAGUGCGACAGCUCCAGAGGGAUGGCCUGAGGAAUCUCUAUAGAGGCCUGCUGCCUCCGCUGCUCCAAAAAAGCACUACAGUUGCCAUCAUGUUUGGCCUGUAUGAGGACUUUUCUAGAGUCUUGCUAGACAGGGUUGGUAGCAGCGGUGUGCCAGAGUUGAUCACACGAAGCUUUGCUGCAGCAUUGGCAGGAACUACUGAGGCCAUCCUAACACCAUUUGAGCGCGUGCAGACUCUUCUACAAGACCACCGGCACCACGGGCGCUUCAACAACACAGCCCAUACUUUCCGGACACUUCUCUCCGAGUAUGGUGUCAAAGAGUGCUACCGUGGCCUUAUUCCCAUACUCCUGCGCAAUGGCCCUAGCAAUGUUCUCUUCUUCGGGCUCCGGGGGCCCAUUAAAGAGCAGCUCCCAGAAGCUACUAGCAGAUUUGGUCACUUGGUUAUAGAUUUUGUGUGUGGAGGGGUGUUGGGGGCGGGCCUUGGCAUUAUGUUCUACCCGUUAAAUGUGGUAAAAUCACGGGCUCAGUCCCAGGUUGGUGGAGCCUUCCAGCCUUGCAGGCAGGUGCUGUUAACAGUGUGGAGGGAGCGAGGUGGCAGCCUGGCCAAGCUCUUCAGAGGGGCCCACCUCAACUACCACCGCUCACUUCUCUCCUGGGGAAUCAUCAACGCCACCUACGAGCUGCUCCUGAAGCUCAUAUCAGAAGACGAAUGGAGAGGCUAAAAUAGAGAUGUAGGGUGGAAGAGAAUGUAUUUAAAGGGAAAAACCUGUAUGUAGAGGUGAAGCCAGUUUGAAGAGAGAAAUCGUAAAGUGAAGCCGUUGCACUUGCUCUCUGGCACUGUUAGUGGGACAGAGAUUCGAGGACUGAAAGAUAGCAGUGAAGUUGCACUUCUGACGGGGGCCAACAGUCAGUGUAAGAUAACCAUAUGCCAUUGUUACUUUUCACUGUUGUCAAACUGUUAAAAACAAGACACACACUUUAGCCUAUACAAAACUUGUGCCAGGGUCCAAUUGAUAUGACUGCGUUUGCUCUGUAUACAAAAGACUGGGAGGAACAAACAGACCUCCAGCGCUUUUUUUUCCCCCCAGUUUCAAGAAAAGGAUACCUGACUGGAUUCACUGUUUUGUAGGAGAAGCUAUUUCUUUGUAUGUGCUGUGUGCUGUGGCGUUUUGAAGACAGUCCAUCUGUGUGUUUGACCAGGAGCAUGUCCUCUGUGAAGCUGAAUUCUGCCACCUUUGUGCUUUUGAAAAUGUCCCCCAAAGAAUUAAUGUCAAGGAGACACUAAUAAAUUCUUGGCCGCUAUAUUUCUGCUCGCUCUCCACCAAUUCAGAGUACAAAAAAUCUAGACUAAUGCCUAUGUGAUACCCAUAUUCUCAAAAAUGCCAUUGAAACAGCAAAUUAUCAAUGACGGGCAGUUUCUAUUUUCACACAUGAUUUAUCUAUGUGAAAUUUUGAUAAAUACUGUUUGUCUUGAUUUAUUUCCUGAAGUGCUACUGGCAGGAUGUAUUGUUUAUUUUUAGUUUUGACAAGUGCCCAGUGAUUUAAAUGUCAGUAAAACAUAACUAUACCCAGAUCUUGUCUAUUUAUAAAGUUAUUGGAAGGGAGAAAUCUUACAUUUAAUUUUGACUUCUGUGGUAAGAAACCAUGCACUAUUGCUGCAUUCUUGAUUUUUAGACUCCUCCUAUUUUAUUGAUGGUAAAACAGUGCUCCUCAGUUUUUGUUUUUCUUUUUAUGAGCUUAUUCUUUUAUUUUAUCCCUCCUUUUGCUCCCACUUUGAUAUUUCCUUCCCUCACGCUUGCCCUCCUCUCUGUCCAUAACAUCUGUUGACAUAAUGGGCUCAGAUUUCAAGCUUGAGUAGAUGCAGUCACCACACUGCAGCUCUGGCUGGGUACGACAGCCCGAAGAGGAAAGGCAUGCUGCUUGGACACUUGAGAGAGGCUGCAGAGCAAUAGUGCUUAGAGAAGACAGGGGCAGAGGGUAAUGUUCAGUGGCACAAAAAGCUCAAGCUGCCAUGUAAAUGGAUCACUCGGCCUAUUUCUUCGAUUCUUUUUAUUUUGACUGUCCACAGUGUACCGUGUUUCAUGAGAUGUUUUUCAGUAUUUUCUAGGAUUUCCUCUUUGAAAGUGAGACUUUGUAUUUCCAAGUGGGACGCCCUUGCUGAUGUUAAAUGCUGUUUAUCACUUUGCUGAAGCACAAGUCACAAGAUCGCUAUGAAAAUGUCAAAUUAACAAUUGCAACUAAAUUAAACGUUUAAAAUCAGUCCAUUAAA